ACAUCUAAUAACCGGAUGAAAGAGCAAAAAAACCAUUUGCCAGAAGUUUUUAUUUAUUCAGCGAAAAAUUCUUAAUAAUUAAAUAUUUUAUUUAAUAAUUGUAAGCACUAGAGCAAAAUAUGUGUAAAAAUUUAAAGAAUUUCAUUAAUAUUCUUAUUUUAAUUCUUCUAAAUCUCCAUUUAUCCAAUGGUCAACUAAAUUAUUCCGAAAAUUAUUCAAAAGUUUCUUUAAUAUCAUGGCGAAAUUUUUCGUUUCCAAUCCCAAUAUCACUAACACUAAAUAAUGAGCGUCCAUCAAAAUUUCAUGAGGAGGAAAAAAUUCAACAAAUUAAAGAUGCAAUUAAAAUUUUACAAGAAAAUAAUACGGUCUUAAAUGAAUUAAAAUUAAAAAUUAAUGAAAAUUGUACUGAAUUUAAUAUGAGAAUAUCAAAUGAUUCAAUUAUGGAAUUUUUUAAUGCCACCGAUGACACUAACAUGGAAUUCUAUAAUGGAACGGAUUAUGAUAACUAUGAUGAAGAUUUUGAAUACAGUUAUAUUGUGAGAAAAUGCUGUUGUUGUGAUUUUAGUUCUAAAGUAUUGCCAAAUUUAUUAAAAAAUUUUGGAAAUGAUUAUCCCAAUUGCAUACAAUGUUGCAAUAUAGAAAUUAGAAAAGAAUUUCGGCCAAGUAAUAUUAAAACAGGUGAUUUUCAGGAACUAAGCCCAACGGUAAUAAAAACUAUACUAGGAUAGUUGUCUAGAUUAUAUAUCUAAAAUAUUUUAAGUAAGAUAUAUUUUUGUGAUUUAAAUAUGAAGACUAAAUUAGUCAAAUUAGCGAAUCGGCUUUUUAAUAACAAAUGUGCAAUUAAGAGGAAAAAAAGGGGAAAACACCUUUGCAAAUGCAGAUACAAAACAUCAAUUUGACUGAAUUAGUAAUUGAAUCUGCAUUAUUCAAUCAGUCAAACUGAAGUUAGUCCGAAUUCUAACAGACACGACAGUAAAUUUUAAUUGAAAUUUUUAUCACGAUUAAUUUUUAAUUAGUAUAAUUUAGUUUUCUAAUUUUUUAGUGUUAUAUAGUAAAUUGAAGUAACAAUGUAAUAAAUAUUGUUAUGUAACAGAAUUCUAA